AGCACGGAUUGUAUUCUGUGGUACCUGUUCUUCUGGUACGUCUCUCCUGCUAUCACAGUUUGUGUGAUCGACACUCACACACUCACACACACACACACACCGUCUCGCACUUCAAUUCGUGCUCGAGGUAGAGUAAAAGAACAAGCGGAAGAAGGAAGCUCUAGUGUCCCCCCUUUUUUUUUGCAGUGCUGCGCCUCUUCCUUUUUGUUUUCUUUUCUCUUGUUCAUAACGAAACAGGAUUCAUCAGCAAGAGCCAUCUAGCUUGUCCUUGUACUCUACAAAGAAGAGACAUGGGAGCGGGCGGUAGUUCCAACCGAAAGAUCGGCACAGGUGACGCGGCGCAUGGCAACCAUAGCGCCGCCGCCGCCUCCGCCGCCGGUGCGAGGAAGGAAUCAGCGUCGGAAGCCGCCGCCGCCGCAGUGGCAGCAGACUCCCCGGUGAAGCGGGGUGCCGCCCUUCGCGUCAUUGAGCGGCACCUCAAACCCGGCGAGACACUUUCCGGUGGGGUGGGUGGUGUAGUGGAGGGCGUCAACGACUCUCGCGGCGAUGCCGCCGGGGGAGUCCCGCCACCCCCGCCGGAAGCGAAUGCGGAGGGCACGCUCUUCGGCUGGUUCGUGGAGGACCUCGAUCGGCCGGGGACGUGGGAGCCGUACAACAAGGAGUCGGCCGAUCGCUUAGAGGACGCCUUUCUGCACCUGCGAGACACAUGCGCCGUGGUGAUGAAGAAGCGGACCUACACGGUGAGCUUGACCAAGAUGCAGCAGCUGUCGUCUGUCGGCGGCGCCGUGACCGCAGCGAUCAGCGGUGCUGCGAGUCGCACCCGUGAAGUGAAGCGAGUGCCGGUGGUGCAGUACGCCGAUCCCGUCACAGGCGAGAUGAAAGUGAAGGAAGCUUCGCUGAACAUGGUGGACCCCUUCGCGGAGGACGAGGAGGAGCAGGAAGGCAGUGGUCUCGACGCAGGUCAAGCGAUCGCGCAAGGCGCCGGCGACACCGUCGGCUUCGCUGCCGCCGCCGCCUCUCCGGUUCCGCUGUACGAAGGCAGCGCCCCGGUUUGGGGCCGACUGCCGCACCUCAUUCGCACCGUUAUCCCGCACACCGCGCCAAUUUAUACAAUGGAGAUGACCUCGAAUUUGGAGCUGCUGUGUCCGGAGGCCCGCGCCGUCGCGGAGCCGGCUGGUGGGGCGCUGGUUCUGUCCAGUGGGAAGGAUCGUCAGCUACUGGAAUGGAGUCUCGACACGGCACGUGUGGUGACCACGUACGAGCUGCCCCAGAUCACCGACAAGCACUCCGUGCUCACCGCCACGUACUCCGUGACCGGGAAGUGGAUGAUUGCCGGGCUCGACGACCGGACCGCGCGUUUGUACGCCAUCGGCAACCCAAACGAGAUCCACCAGCUGAAGGGGCACACGCACAAGGUCUACGGAGCGGGAAUUCUCGCAGGCGAUCUGCAGGCCGUCACGGCGAGCAUGGACUGUCGGGUGAAGGUGUGGGACAUCCCGACCGGCAUGUGCGUGCACACCUUCAUCCCGCACAAGUCCCACAUUUUCGCCCUGCGGCCACACCCGGUCGACGCGAACUUCGCCCUGACGGCGGGCGAGGACCGCAACGUCUGUCUGCACGACUUUCGGCAGGGAAACUCUGUCGUUGGCAUUUUUACCGGUCACGAUCGCACUGUGUGGGACUUGGACUGGAAUCCAGUGGAUGGCACCUUCGCCUCCUGCGGCAUGGACAGCACCGUCCGCAUCUACGACCCCCGCGCGAGCACCACCGCCAUGACGACGCUGCACAGUCACACACGAGCGGUGCACAGCCUCAAGUACACGCCGGCGGGUCGAGGUCUGCUGACGUGCAGUAAGGACUUUCUUGUAAACUUGACCGGCACAAAUGACUGGCGCGUGCGGUGGGAGGCGAAAGCGCACGCCACGACCGUCUUUCGCGUGCGCUACCACGCCGAAAAGGAGGUGAUGCUGACGGCUGCCUCCGACUCGAGUGUGAACGUGUGGAGUUGGAAAGCGGUGAAUCAACUGUAA